UACUAUUCGUAUUACUUUCUUGCUUUCUUGCUUUCUUCUCUUAGUAUUCUCUUAAACACCUAUAAGAUUUCUUGCUUCUUUUUUCCACUGCACCACCAGAUAUCAAGCACACUUUAACCUGAUACGCUUUGAAAAAAGGAGGUUGAAACUCAGAUAUGGAGAAUACUCAUUACCAUGCUAGCCACCCAGAGCACCCACUGGAGCUCAAGUCACAUCACGAACCCGCCUACAAAUGCGACGGCUGCAAAGAAACAGGCUUUGGAAAGAGAUACAGAUGCGAUCUAUGCGACUUCGAUCUCCACAAAGAUUGCAUGUUUCUCACCAACAAAACAUCGCAUGCAUUCUUCAAAGGUUCGACGUUCGAGUUCUUCGAACAACCACCGCGACAAAACAAGCGCUGCAAUAACUGCAAAAGAUAUUGCGAUGCAUGUGGAAAACAAAUCAAGGGUUUUGUUUACCAUUGCCAAAAGAAUGAUCUGGAUUUGCACCCUUGUUGCAGUAAUCUCAAGGAAGUACUUAAAAUCGAUGGCAAAGAGUUCCGGCUCAGUGAACGCGUAGAUUCGAGCUGUUUUUGGUGCGGAAAAGUGAAAGUUCAAGGCAGUUUUUCGGGUGCAAGAGGCUGGUCUUAUGUUUCAAUGUGCAACGAGUACCAUCUCCAUGUUCAUUGUGCUACUGAAAUGGUUUCCGAGGUUUGGAAAAAUAAAGACAAGCUUGGUAAUGAUAAUAACAAUAAUAACAAUGACUGUUUGGAUUUGGAGAAUUUGAAGCUUCCGAAGGAUCUGGCAAAGUUGAGGAAAGAUGGCGCAAGGGGUAAUAAGUAUUGGAGGAUUAUAAAAACAAUUCUUAGGACAAUUGCUUGUAUCCUUAUGGGUGAACCAACCAUUACUAUGACUUGCCUCGUUGUUGAAUUGCUCACAUAAAAAGUGUUUAGUCUUAUAUUUUUCUACUUCUCCUCGAUCGAUUUUAAUUCUUAGUUUAAUUAAUUAUGGUUUUCCAAUAGGUUUCGCUUUUUUUUUUUUUUUUUUUUUUUGGGGGUAAAAUGCCAAAAGGCCACCAUAGGUUUCUCUGUUUUACUGUGAAAAAUUGUUGUAAGUAGGAGUGGAAAUUGUAAGAGACCACGUUGAAUUAUUUGUUUUGUUUUAUUUGUGGAAAACUUUUGUUAUAUGAGUUUGGAGUUUGGUAUAUUGUAUUCGAACCAAAAAUAUAUAUAUAUUUUAAUUAUCAAUA